AUGGCCAUCUCCUCGCAACCGCCACCAGACAGCUCACAGGCGAGCAUCGGGCGUGCUAGAAUGAAUCGGAACGUCCAGCCUUUCCCAGCAUCUAUGCUAGACCAUUGCACGGUCUGCCUCGAAGAACAGCUCUUUAGCCAGGCCAUUGCACUGCUGAGUAGUGGUCUCACAUCUGGCACCUGUACCUCGCGACCAUCACAAGUACCUCCAAUACCACAUCUGGCACUACUUGCCACAGUAGCCGUGCAUCCUUCGUUGACAACCCGGACGGCUGAUCCGACCAAGCCACAGGCGGCCGACGAUGCGCUGCGAUACUUGAGACAUGUCAGUAGACUUCUGUCGCCACGAGCUGCGGGGCUUGACAAGGCGUUCCACUUCACUGCCGGAAGUGACCGAAACGAUCGGUCAAAACGAGCCAAGGACCGCAAGUCUGAAACGGCUGAAGUCCUACCCAUCGACGAUGCGAACACGAUACGAAGCCGAUACGUCGACCAAGAGUCGAUAUGGAGCAAUGCUGAUGACUUCUGGAGUGUUGUUGGCUGGGCGUUCAACUGCUCCGUCAAGUACAAGCAUAGAUGGCAGCGGUGGCGAGCAUGGCUGGAAUGCAUGCUGGAAGUCCUCGAGGCUGAUCUACACGAACGCACAGUAGACGGAACCGUGACAGACAGCUUGCUUGCGCAGUACCUUCUGCCCAUCGGUCAAGGACGCAACAGCAAGCGCCGACUCAUGCGUGCGAUACUGGCGAAUGGAUCCACCAAAUCAUUGGCAGAGUUUAACGAGAUCUGGCGGAAUGAGACGAGGCUAGCUAAGACGACGACACAGACUGCGAAUAAAAAGCGGAAGCUUGAUCUCGAUAAUGACGAGUUCGGUGACUACUUCGACGAGUCUGAUGAAGAUAGCCCAGCAACCACAGCGAGGAGGUCGAGAUCGGCCACUGCCUUCUCUAGCCGCAAAGCAAGUCGGCAGCCGUCUGGCGACGAGGAUGAAGGCAGCGAAGAUGAGUCGACUGUGUUUGACAAUUCCGGCAUGCUUGGGGUGGAAGCCUUCAGCGGCAUAGAUAGCAUUGCUCUACGUCAGCGUAUUGUUGCCCUGCUCGUCCGCUUCUGCUCGACCGCUCCGCAGCUGCUAUUGGAUGUCGAAGAUCUGUUUGAUCUCUACACCGAGUUCAUUCGGCCUCUUCGUCUUGCAGCUUUCGAGCAGUUCGUGGUACCGAUGAGAGCUUAUCUGAGCAUCGACUCACAAUGCUCUCUUAUCCAAAUGCUUCUGCGGCCUCUGUUGACCAGCAGUGCACCGACAUACGAUGCCAAUGCUUUGACACAGGCGGAUUUCGAGUGUUGCUAUGCGCCGUUCACUGCUAGCACUACAAGUGCUGUGGACAACGCUAAGGUGUCUCUAUUGAUCGAGGGACUCAUGAGGUUACUCUGGCGGACGGGUAAUCUCCAAAUCACGCCACGCUUACGGAAGCUAAUGGGCGCCGGGAUUGAGGACAGGCAGGCAAGGGUGGAAUUUGAUGGACGGCGUAAGACGGGUCUCAAGGCUAUGGAAGAUGAGGAGGCCGUUCUGGCUAUGCAGGCGAGUGGCGAGAGGCUGAGGAGUGUGCUUGAUUUGUGCGCCACCUGA